GGAUGCUGGCUUACGUGAAAUUUCGAAGAAGAAGACUUCUCUGCUUGUAACCAAAGUCUUUUUAUAUAAGUGUCUCUGUUGUAACAUUUAGUAAAAUACUCUAUGGAAAUACUUUGCAAUGGAUGAUCGUGAACUGGAUCUCACCGAAGAGCAGAUAGCAACCAAAGCCAAAUACCCAGCGAUCAACAAGAAAUAUGAAUAUUUGGAUCACACUGCAGAUGUACAACUCCACUCCUGGGGUGAUUCCCUGGAGGAGGCGUUUGAGCAGUGUGCCAUGGCGAUGUUUGGCUAUAUGACCGACACAGAGACCGUAGAGCCUAUUGAUACGGUAGAAGUAGAGUCAGAAGGUGAUGACAUGGAGUCACUUCUAUUCCACUUCUUAGAUGACUGGCUGUUUAAAUUUAGCGCAGAUCUUUUCUUCAUUCCAAGGGAAGUAAAAGUCCUGCACAUUGACAGAAUGCGCUUCAAAAUCCGAUCCAUUGGGUGGGGAGAAGAGUUCAGUCUAGCCAAACAUCCACAGGGAACUGAGGUCAAGGCGAUCACGUAUUCAGCCAUGCAAAUACACGAAAAAGACAAGCCAGAGAUCUUUGUCAUCAUUGACAUCUGAGGAUGGGAAAUUUAAGAAAUCGACCAUCAAGAAAACACCAAAUCAUCUAUUCACACCUAGUGUUUGUGAAGGAAAAUAAUUAACUUAGUAAACAUGGUUUACUGUGUAUGCUAUGUAUAUACCAACAUUGAUUUCUACACUGAUCAAUAUUUAUUAAAAUCAUUUAUAUAAUAAAA